AUGUUCAACUACAAGACGACUCUGGCCGUUGCCGCUCUCGCCGCCUCGCCCGUCUUUGCCAGCGCCCCGGCGCCCCCCGUCGUGGCCUCGGAACCCAUCGUCAACGUUUAUUUUGGCCAGACUGGAACGCAGGGCCUUGGAGACUACUGCGAGCAGGGCACCGGCUUCGAGUAUGUUACGGUGGGCUUCGUCAACAGCUCGCCUGAGCACGACCCGUCGGGCUUGAACUACGCCGGCACCAACUUUGCCGCCCACUGCGAUGCGCCUCUCUACACGAACUCCAAGAACGGUGUCAAGUCGAACCUCCUGAGCUCGUGCACGUACCUUGCCAGUGACAUCGCCAAGUGCCAGAGGCUGGGAAAGAAGGUUCUCCUUUCGAUUGGUGGUGUGUUCAACCAGAAGACGUCCAACUACGAGAUUUCCGGCCCGGCCAAGGGGAGGGAGUUCGCCGACUUCGUAUGGGGCGCCUUUGGCCCUUACAAUUCCAAGUUUACCGGCCCCCGCCCCUUUGAUUUUGGUGGCAACCGUGUCAAGUUUGACGGCUUCGAUUUCGAUAUUGAGACAAAAUUUGAGGACCAGUCUGGCUACAUUGCCAUGAUCAAGAAGCUUCGCGAGUUGACCGAUGCCGCCACCGGCACCUAUCUGAUCACCGCGGCGCCUCAGUGCCCCCUCUCGCCGUCUCAGUAUUUCCAGAUGGACAACAUCAUCAAGAGCUCCGUCUUCGAUGCCCUGUUCAUCCAGUUCUACAACAACGCACAGUGUGAGGCCUCGAACGCUGCCGGCUUUAACUACAAUGCCUGGGAGACCUACCUUACGGGCACCCAGAGCAAGAACGCCAAGAUUUUCAUUGGACUCCUCGGUACUUCGGACCCCAAGCUUGGCUCCGGAUACGUGGGGCCAGACGCUGCUGUCACGCUCAUCAACAAGUACAAGGGCAGGGCGUCGUUCGGAGGUGUUUCAAUCUGGGACGUGAAUCUGGCUAGCGCCAAGGUUAAUGGCGGCAAGAAGACGUACUAUGAGUUCAUCCACGACUCCAUGUGCGGCACCCCGUCCGUGACCACGACCGCCACCACGAAACCCGCUACCACGACCACGAAACCCACAACGACGACUGCUUCGCCGACUGCCUGUGUCACGUGGUAUACAGUUAAGCCUGCCGGCCACGACUACAACCACUGCGCCGACCACGACUACGACGCCGACAACCACCACUACCCCGACUACCACCACUACGCCGACUACCACCACUACGCCGACUACCACCACUACGCCGACUACCACCACCACUGCGAUCACUAG